AUGUUUCUCUUUUUUAAUUUCGGAUUCAGAGAUCUGUGGGACAGGUGCACAUCCUUGAUUAUGCAGAUGUCUUGUGAUGUCAUCAUAAUCUUCAUGAUAUUAAUUCCCAAAAUAAAAAUUAAUCCGUCGAUAGUUCUAGCGCAUGGUCGAGCGCUAACCAAAGCUAAUGCAAAAUAUCCAAUCAACUUGGUUCUACUUAAAUCAGUUAGUUUGGGCUCUAACUUACAACCCAAAAUGAUUGAUAAUAUUUUUAUUGGUCAACUUCCAAAACGUGUUUAUCUUGCAUUUGUUAAUUCGUCUGCAAUGAAUGGCAGUUUGAAACUUAACCCAUAUAAUUUCCAUCAUUACAACUUUACAAACAUAUUAUUGACAACAGAUUCUCACACACAAAUACGUCCAAUACAAUGUGACUUUAGUAAGGGACAUUAUCUGGAAGCAUAUUUAAGCUUGUUUGAAUCCUCAAAUAUUUUCUUCAAGGAUGAUGGUAUUGCAAUAGAGAGAGCUAAUUAUUCCGGUGGUUAUUCCAUUGUUGGAUAUGAUUUAACGACCGAUAUUGGAGCCAGCGAAUUUCAUUGGAGUGUGCCACGAAAUGGGAGUUUGAGACUCGAUAUUAAAUUUGCAGAACUGGCAGCAUAUGGAGAAGACUAA